UGACGCACUCGUUUAUUUACAGCGGUAAUGUUUAUUCCGCGCUCUCCUCAUCACACCAAGCGGCUUGGUGUAAAUAAAUGUAAAUGUAAAUAAAGCGCAAAAACCAGCGUUCUGCAAUUCUGCCUUUGCGAAAGUGCGUGACAAAACAAAACAUUACGUUCGCCUGUGAUAUAGAGUCAUUCUCUUUGUCCAUCAAACUUUGUCAGCAGUCCUUCCUUCAUCUGCAGCACGGUGAAGUGUAAAGGUUCGAUCCGGAGAUUAAUUUCUACCUAGAGUAAGAUGCAUACACGCUUCCUGUUGGUAUUUUGCGUUGUGCUGUUCGGCUGCUGCUCUCUAUCGACGGGCGUGUUCUUCAACCACGGUGGCACGUAUUUGGGGUCGCUGAAACACAUCUUCAGAAAGUAUGCCCAUCUUCUAGAAUCGGAACGCUACCUAUCGCCCGUUAUUUUUGUACCCGGCGAUGGAGGAAGCCAGAUGGAUGCAAUGAUCGAUAAGCCCAGCAAGGUGUCGAUCCUCUGCCAAAAGCACACCACCACCUUCUUCAACAUCUGGCUUAAUAAGGAACUUUUGCUACCGCUGGUGAUUGACUGCUGGAUCGAUAACAUUCGGCUGGAGUAUGAUAACGUAACGCGCACCUCGCGUAACGCUCCCGGCGUGGUAACGCGAGUGCCCGGCUUCGGUCAGUCGGAAACGGUCGAAUGGAUCGAUCCUUCCCAUGCGUCGGUCGGUGCAUACUUUGUCAACAUUGCCAACGCACUGGUCGCGAAUGGGUACGUGCGGGACAAAUCAAUCGUAGGUGCACCGUAUGAUUUCCGGAAGGGACCCACUGAACAUAAGGAAUACUUUCUCGCGCUGAAGUUCUUAGUCGAGCAGACGUACACGCUGAACCACGAUACACCGGUCACGUUCAUUGUGCACAGCAUGGGUGCGCCGAUGACGCUACACUUCCUGCAGCUUCAAUCGGCCCAGUGGAAAGCGAAGUACAUAAAGCGUGUCAUCUCGCUGGCCGGUGCCUGGGCGGGCAGUGUCAAAGCCCUCAAGGUGUACGCGAUCGGAGACGAUCUGGGUGCGUUCGCGCUGAGCGGCAAGGUGAUGCGUGCCGAGCAGAUCACUAACCCUUCGCUGGCCUGGCUGCUACCGUCACCACUGUUCUGGAAGCCGAACGAGGUGCUCGCCCGGACACAGUCGCGCGUCUACACGAUGGAACAGAUGAGCGAAUUUUUCACCGAUCUUGACUUCCCGGACGGGUGGGAAAUGCGCAAAGAUUCGCUUCCGUACACGCUUAACUUUACCGCACCCGGGGUGGAGCUGCACUGUUUGUACGGCAGCAACAUUAACACGGUUGAAUCCUUGGAUUACCAAAAAUCGUACGAUCUCAGCGGCACUCCGGUACUGAAGAUGGGCAAAGGAGACGGUACGGUGAAUGCCCGUUCGCUCGAGGCUUGUAAGCAGUGGACGACACAGCAGAAGCAACCGAUCAUUACCAAAGAGUUCCCAGGCGCGGACCAUAUGAACAUUCUGGCCGAUGUGAAUGUUAUCGAUAACAUCGUACGAUUGCUGCUGUCCGAUCUUACCGACUAAACACAGACCAAAGACGAUUGCAUUGCAUGUGGUGCCAUAGCUGUUACCGUGAGCUGUGAUUUACAGCCCAUCUCUCUCUCUACUCUUACAUGGCAAAUCAAUUUUUCUUUCCCUUCCUGUACCGGGUGAAAAAUAUACGUCUUAGAAGACUUCCAUCCCCGAACUCAAAGACUAAAUAGAGAUCUAAUGUGAUUUAUGAUUUUUAAGUUUCGUGCGUGUUGCUAGUUCGAUAGAACCCAAUACCGCUCUUGAAUCUCAUCCACUGUUCAGCGUGGUGGGGCACAUUGUUGACCCCUUACUGCACCGUUCUGUUAAAUAAAAUCAAUAAAGCAAACCUGAAGAAGUU